AAAAGGGGCGCUUUGCCUGGGUUUGCUUCUUUGCCUCGGCUUUAGGGAGGAAGCCGGUCCAACGGUAGGACGCUGCUGCGAGGAGAGCCCGCUCUUUGGCGCCCUGGCUCGAAGCCCCGUUAGGGAGAAGGCGCAUCCACCCAUUUCAUUCCAUGCCAUCAAGUCAGCCGUGGCUGAGUUCCUCUAAAGGGGAACAAACUCACUGGAUCAUCCGAAAGGACUGUCUCAGAUUUUUUUCCAACACUGCAUAACAGCCAUCUGGGGUUAUGAAGUCAGUCCUAGAUGGCCUUGCAGAUACAACCUUCAGAACAAUUACAACAGACCUUCUUUACAUGGGUUCUAACGACAUCCAGUACGAAGACUUUAAAAGUGACAUGGCCUCCAAAUUAGGAUACUACCCACAGAAAUUUCCUCUGUCUUCUUUUCGAGGUGAUUUCCAUCCCAAAAUGACUGCAGGAGAAGACGCCUCUUUAGGUGCGCACCCAUCGGAUCAAAUCAAUAUUACAGAUUUUUACAACAAAACCUUGUCCCCCUUUAAGGAGAAUGAGGAGAGCAUACAGUGUGGUGAUAACUUUAUGGACAUGGAGUGCUUCAUGAUUCUGAACCCCAGUCAGCAACUGGCCAUUGCAGUCCUGUCCCUCACCCUGGGCACUUUUACUGUUCUGGAAAAUCUUCUGGUUUUAAUUGUCAUCCUGCAGUCUCGAAGUCUUCGCUGUAGGCCUUCUUACCAUUUCAUUAGCAGCCUGGCAGUAGCUGACCUCCUUGGCAGUGUAAUUUUUGUCUACAGUUUUGUUGAUUUCCAUGUUUUCCAUCGGAAAGACGGCCCUAAUGUGUUCCUUUUCAAAUUGGGUGGAGUUACAGCCUCAUUCACUGCUUCAGUUGGAAGUCUUUUCCUCACGGCAAUAGACAGAUACAUAUCUAUACACAGGCCCCUCUCCUACAAAAGGAUUGUUACCAGGUCAAAGGCUGUUGUAGCAUUCUGUGUGAUGUGGACAAUAGCUAUUGUAAUAGCCGUUCUCCCUUUGCUUGGUUGGAAUUGCAAAAAGCUCAAUUCUGUUUGUUCAGAUAUAUUCCCCCUAAUUGAUGAAAAUUAUCUGUUGUUCUGGAUUGGGGUCACCACCGUACUCUUGCUUUUUAUUGUUUAUGCCUAUAUGUAUAUCCUCUGGAAAGCUCACAGCCAUACUAUUAGGAUGCUCCAGCGUGGAACUCAAAAGAGCAUAAUAAUUCAUACUUCAGGGGACGGUAAAGUGCAGCAGAUCACUAGGCCAGAACAAACACGUAUGGACAUUAGGCUAGCCAAAACCUUAGUCCUCAUUCUUGUGGUUCUGAUCAUCUGCUGGGGUCCCCUACUUGCUAUUAUGUUGUAUGACGUCUUCGGGAAAAUGAACAAGCUUGUCAAGACUAUCUUUGCCUUCUGUAGUAUGCUGUGUCUGCUGAAUUCCACGGUGAAUCCAAUUAUCUAUGCUCUGAGGAGCAAGGACCUGAGACAUGCUUUCAGAAGCAUGUUUCCACCUUGUGAAGGGACCGCACAGCCUCUUGAUAAUAGUUUGGAGUCUGACUACCAGCACAGACAUGCUAACAAUCCAGGCAAUGUCCAUAAGGCUGCUGAAAGAUGCAUUAAAAAUACAGUUAAGAUUGCUAAAGUGACUAUGUCAGUCUCUUCAGACACUACUGCGGAGGCAUUGUAAAACAAAGACAACGUUUGGGAGAAGGAAGUGAGAGAAAGCAGGAGAAAAUCGUGACUUCAAAAAUGUAUUUUUUCUCAAAUGUACCAUUUUAAAUUUUACUCUUUUUAAAUGAUUUUUUUAAAUUAAGUAGUAGCCCUUAAAUUAAGUAGUACCCCAAGUUCUAUAAACAAGGACUCAGAUUUUGUUUUUAGAAAUGGAUUUCUCAAUUGGCAAAAUGUAAAAUGACUAGUAAUUGCUUAACCCUAUUAUUAUGUACAAAAACAUCUCAUUAAUCAAUGAGAGAGGUCUAUAUGCUAAGGGAAACAUAUUAGAUGUUGAGUUGAAACAUGCACAAUACUAUAAUCAGAUCUAAUGCUAAUUUUAUAAUUGCAUUUAAUUUCGGUAUGAAAUACAUUAAUGGUAAGUAAGUUUUCAUACCAUCCUCUCCUCCAAAUGCAGCAGUACUGGACCGUAAACAUUUUGUAUUAUGUCUUGUGAAAUGUACAACGUUUACUGUAUGUUACUGAUAUUCGUUUACUCGAAGUGAUUAAGUAGAUUUAUGUAGAUGUAAUGUAAAGUAUGUGAUGAUGUAACCUUUUCACCCUAUCAUGAAAAUACUUCCCGUACUUUGAAGAAUUUCUGUGAGGUAUACUGAAAAUUUUAUGUUCUUAGUGUUUUUAGUGAACUUAAAGGGAAAGGCUUUACAUUGGUUCUCUUCACAUUUGAAAUCCCUAUGAAGCCUGAAAUUCCUAUACAUGGGAAUAGCAACAACAACAAACUAUAACAAACUUUUUCUUUGCAGAAGAAAAUUAUAUUGCUCAAACUGCAAAAAAUAAUUUUUAACAGAUCAUUGGCUUUUUGUUGGAAACGGUUUAUGAUGUAAGAGGCAAGAUAUCAGGCAUUGGCUUAUUUAACUGGAAAUGAUUUCAUCUGGCCAGUUGCUAGCAAAGGAUCUCCAAAGACAACAUGUGACCAGUGUACAAAGUUAUCACUGUGAUAUAUACUUGAAAUGUGUUGCAUUCCUAAGUCCCUGGUUUCAAUGCAUUUUGAAAGCUGAGAUGCCAAACUCUAAUUUUUGGUCACAAAUAGAUAAAAUGUUGCUAUCGUACUUCUUAAAAUAUGUGGAUAUGUAAUUACUAUCUAUGUAUUUGUGUAAAUUGUGUGUGAAUUCUAAAUAACUGUAGGUUACAUUAAUAUUGUUAAGAUAAGAAAUUGUGACCAAGUGUUUUCUUACAUUUGUUGUUGCAUUCUUUGCACAUGAAUUCUGUUUUUAAAAGUGAGUUCUUCCAGCCAAAUCCAUAACAAAAAUUCAGCAUCGUAUUGGAAAAAAAUCCAAUCUGAUACCUAAAGAAAAAUAAUGUUCUGGUAUUAACAAGAUAGUUUGCUAAGAAGACAAAAGUGCUGAUUGGCUUGUUGUUUAGUCAGAAUAAUUAUAAAAAUGAUUGAAAAAGCAAACUAUCACUAUGAACAAAUAUAGAAAGCCUAAAAUAGACGUUUGCAAGUGUCAGAAUUAAGCCACAACAGCAGCAAAAUGAGGAGAAGCCUGUUUGAAAACCUCCAAAUCUUCAUAAUCUCUGCCAGAAUUAAAAAUGCAUAGAUAGAAAUUUAAAUGCCAAACCUUAAAGGACAGAACGAAAUAUGCAAGCCUUAAAUUCCUGAUCACAAAAUAGGAGUCUUUGGAUCACCAUGAUCUAGCCAAGAUGACUUAUGCUUGGAAGUAGAUCUUCAUGCUGUGAAUCCUCUUAUUGACCAGGUUAUAUAUGUGGAGGAAAAUGCUACAUGGACAGUUUCCCUUUCUGGAGUCUUUUGGUGGUUUAGAACUAUCCAUAGCAUCAGGACACUAAACCCAUUGUUAUCCACUGUCAACCUAGUAGGUGUAUAAAUUCAGAUCCUUAUAUGCAACAGGACUUACAACUACCAUAUGAAAAGAUGAUUGGUCAACAGUAGAUAAACUGAAACCUAAAAUAUUAGAAACCGGGAAUAAAUAAAUAAAUUUAAUUUCAUUGAUAAGCAAAAUAAAGUGCUAAGUUCAAAAGUAGCAUUUAACCAGUGAUACCCAGUACAGUAGGACCUUUUUUCUUAUGCUGUUUGCAUGGAAGAUUUUUAUUUCAGGAAUGUAGAAAGGGAAUGGGUUCAAUUUCAUCUUCAUCUAUACUCCUGACAUGGUUGGCAUCUCUUGUUUGAUCUUCUUCCAUUCUCUUCUUACAUACAUACAUACAUACAUACAUACCCAAUAAAAUCCUUGAUGUGGCUGCUGUUGUAAUAGAUUAAAUCCUUAGGAAGGUGACCCAGAAGAACAUGGGCCCUUCUCCGAGAAAGAAAACACCAGCCUACUCUAUUGAUGUUCAUUGUCAGGAAUUUCUGCUUUUUAAAGAGCAAGAUCAGUUAUUAGAAAUGUCUCCCCCCACCCCCAUCUGAAAAUUAUAGUUACAUAUAGGCUGGAUACAUACUUUAUGCCAAGAAGAAGCCAUAAUGUGGCUUGUUUUAUUAUAGAAUAUGAACCCAACAAUUCUGGCUUGCGAAUUCAUGGCUUUGCAUGUUAUAUAAAUCUAGCCAAUUAAACAAAUUCAUACUUCAUGGUCUGAAGAUGAACCUAGUUGCAGACUAGGAUUUUUGAUAGCUUUGAAUAAUAAGGCUUCUGUUUUAUUCAAGAAAAGAUGCAGAAAAUGGAAGAAGCAUACAUUACCUUUGAUGUUUCCUUGGGCUGCUCCUGUUUUCAUGACAAAGGGGACCUAGCUAAUGAAAGAGGCUAUGAUUACAUUGAUAGUGCCUUAUUUUUUUUUUUUAUCACACUAGUUCUAUGGCAGAAUGAAAGAAUCAUGAAAAUUAGCAUUAAAAAUAGCUUUGUUACCUCCACAUAGUAAUUAAUGUAGGUAGUAGCAAUAUAUAAACUUGUUACAGUAGCAGGAAUUCAUAGAGUUGUAGUCCAAUGUACCCUGAGGGAAGAGAUAAGAAGAAAGCUAAUACGUUGUAUUUACAAUAUUAGUAAUUGUACCUGAAUAGAGAAGAAUCCAAGACUGGUGAUCUAAACAUGGGUUAAUUCAAUCUUAUUAAUUAGCUGGGUCACUAGAAGAUAAAUAAGAAUUCUAUUCUGAUGAGCAACCACCAAAACAGUCCCAAACAGGAACAGAAAAAGAUACCUCUAAACAAUAUAAUUUUGGCUUAUUGAUUAAUAUCGCAUUACUGUUGGGCUGAGGAUAAAAAAAAAGUCACUGUUUGAAUUUGAGAGAUGCAGCAGGGUAAUUAAAAGGGACUAAGCUGAUGCUUGGCAAUACAUACAUGAAAUUUAGCACAAUAAAUAUGUCCCAUAUCUUCACAAUUUAGGAAGGUCCAAAAAGCUGGCAGCUUUCAUAUCUUACCCUGUGGUCAGAGCUGUCCAUCAAUUAAACAGCAAAUGUUGCAGAUUAAUUUCGUUGAAAUAUCCACUGGAAAUUCUUACACAGAGAGAGAAAGAGAGACUGGUAAUAGCUGUUCAAGAAUUCAAGUCCCCAUAAUAGACAAUUAGUAUGAGUCUGAACAUAGACUAAAUGGAGAAGGGAACAAAUUUUGUUACCUGUAUGCGCUAUAGCCAUUGCUGACUAGGUAGAAACUGAUGUAAUUUGAAGUGAAUAUUUUCUACAUCAAUAGGAACAGUUUUCAAUCUGAACAUUUAGGAGCAAAAAAUACCCAAAGUAUAAAAUAUAAAAGUAUUUCAAGAGCCAUUUUUAAACUUAAUUCUUGUGACUUUAAUGCAAAGUUGUGUGGAUUUUUGUUUUAUGUAUUCAAGUUGCUAUCUUUUGUGAUUAAAAUAAACUUUGGGACAAUGGGGCUGUCAUGGCACUUACCAUGGUGCUUAUUGAUAAAGAAACAACUUCCUGUGAAAUACUAUGUCCUCAUCAAUAUAUUCCAUUUAAGUAAAUAAGUAUUUUUCCUUUAAAAAGCUGUUUUUACACGAUGUACAUUAUAAUAACACCAUUUUGCAACUGAGCUGGCUAUGAAGUCCCUACAAAAUGAAUGCUAAACAUAAUUGUUGCUACUUUACUUAGAUUAGCUGCUUUUAAACCAUGCUUUAGGGCAGCUAUUCUCAAAACACUUGGGAAGGGAAACAUCAUUCUGGACGGGGAACUUAUGAUUCUUCUUCAUAGCUAGUCAUUCUGAAGAAUGCUAGAUUUCACACAACUCUAAAUUAGGGAUAUAAACAUUAGUGGGGCCACGUAUCCACGUUUUUCUUCAUUUCUUUCUCUUCCUCUCGGGGAUGAGGAAAAAUGCAAAUAUUGUCCAUUUGCCCGAGAACAGAGCUUCAUAUGUUUCAGUACAUGCGUUAACAGAGCUUUGGAAAUAAGGUCCUUGAUUCCAAGACUGGAUAUUGUUUUCAUUGUGUAUUUGUUAGUUGUAUACGUCCUGAAAAAUCCAUACUCCUGUUGAGGAAUCUAUAGAGUAGGAUGCGUGUAUGUAUGCAUGCAUGCACGCAAGACAGUUUUCACAUCUAAGGCAAUAUACUGUGAAUGAAGAGGUUCAUUGACUGCAUUUUAUAUAUUUCUUACCUACUUUUAAAAGUUGUGGUCUUUCCGGCAGCUUCUGUUCCACAGGGGCCAUUAGUUCUUAUUCCUGUGCAGGGACCACAAGAGCCCUUAGAUAGCAGUAAGGGACAGUUCCGUUUUCUUCCUCAAAUGUACCUGAAGGAAGCAGGUGAGGCUCAGGGCAGCUGAAUAAAGCUGCACUUCUAGCAUGUAGUUUGGGUAGCAUUAGGCACUGAAUGGCCAACUGUUCUCAGACUGAUCACACUGUUGAUCAUUCAGCCACCUGGUGCUAAGCAAGCCCUUACUGUGUCUGUUCCUUAUGGGGUGCCUCAAAUGGCAUGCCCCUUCCAAUCCAUCAUAGUCACUAAUUGCUUUCUAUACAUUUUGCCAGGCAUCCCUGCCUAAAUGGAGUAUUUUCAUUCCCAGAGGCGCCGUAUGUCACCUUGAUAGAGGCUGGAAAAGAGGGGGGUUGCAGUAUCCUUUGAUAACCUGCUUGUGAUCCUCCAAGAUAAGCCAUUUAGCCAGCCAUUGUCAGAAAAACAAAGCAUUUAGACCAGAUAGGCUCUAGUAGUCUAGUCCACCCAAUCAAUUCUCCUGCUUUAAUGCAGCAUGGGGAAGCGAAAGCCUUGUUUAAGAAGGUCUGCUAGGAGAAGAACCGUUCCUUUGGAAAAUGUUCUCCCCAAAUGCUCACAUUCCCUGCUAAUAGCCUAGCAGCUUAACCUUCAUUUUUUCAUAGUUGCCCGCCCGCUCUCACAAAGCGAGUGGUUUCAUGACUAAAAAUUGUGUGUAUUAACUUUAAAUGUUGUUGUAUAUCUGUACCAGAAACCAUCAGUGUUAUUAUGUAGAAAUUAGAUUGUCCCUCAUCUUAAUGUACAUUUGUAUAUUUCUUAUUCGAUGCUGUGCAAUCACUCUGAAUUUCUUUUUUCUUGCACUGAUGAAAAUGCCUCUUGUAUAAUAAAUAAACUUCUUCCUGUGGUGAAUGUAUGUAAAUAAAAUUAAAUAAAAACAUUUAAAAUGUCAGUUAUACAAGCAGUAGCCUGAAAAAGGGAUAUCUGUCACAGCUGAAUGGAGAAAUCAAGUUGCUAUGACAUCUGAAAAGUUCCAGGGAUGCAAUGUCAGAGAAAGUUUUUCCUUGUAAUAGCUAAGUUGGUUUUCUGUAGCUUUUUAUUUUCAUUGUUUCCAAGUGAAGAGCCUAAAACUCAACAAUGUCUGUAAACCCAACAUUAUAACCUUCUCCUUAAAGUACACUGUGUUGUUAGAUGUUUGUUUGAGCUGGUAGCACCCCUUGCAACUGCUGCGAUACGUUUCUGUUGGCGAUUUGUAUAUUACUUUGUACAUGAGUACUGGUAAGACUGUCAUGAAAAGUAGCUUCUGCCAUUAAACUACCUAUAGCGGAAUAGUAUAUAAUGUUACAAAUGUGUUACUACCAUGCCAUAUUUUAUUUCUCCAGUGUAAUUAAACUUAUUUAUUUGAAAUCAA